AUGUAUGUUGAUACAGAAUUUGUGGCUGAUGAUGUCACAUCAAAUGCAACAAAUGUUACAAAGCAAAUGAUCAUUAAAGAAUACAAAAAGAUUGGAGAAGGUGCUUUUGGUACUGUUACUCAAGCAAAACUACUAGACGGUACUGUGUGGUUAGGUCCUUAUGCCAUCAAAAAAGUUCCAGCUCAAACUGAAUAUAAAAGUAGAGAAUUAGAAAUCUUAAGAUUAACAAAUCAUCCAAAUAUUAUAACGUUAGAACAUUUCUUUACUCAUAAAUCUCCAAAAGAUGGUAAAAUUUAUCAACAUUUAGCUAUGGAAUGCUUACCACAAACUUUACAAUUUGAAAUUCGUCUGCAUUAUUCAAAUAAAUUAGAAUUACCUUUAAAACAUAUCAAAUUAUAUACAUAUCAAAUUGCAAGAGCAAUGAUGUAUUUACAUGCAUUAGGAAUUUGUCAUAGAGAUAUUAAACCUUCAAAUAUAUUGAUUGAUCCAAGUACAGGUAUUUUGAAGAUUUGUGAUUUUGGUUCAGCAAAAAGAUUAGAACCAAGACAACCUUCUGUUGCAUACAUUUGUUCACGUUAUUAUAGAGCUCCAGAAUUAAUUGUUGGUUGUCAAUACUAUUCAACUCAAAUUGAUAUAUGGGGACUUGGUUGUGUAUUUGCUGAAAUGUUAUUAGGUAAAGCUAUUUUCCAAGGUGAUGAUCCAAUACUACAAUUAAGAGAAAUUUGUAAAUUAUUAGGUCCACCAAAUAAAUCAUUUAUUUAUAAUUCAAAUCCAAAAUAUGAUGGUCCAUUAUAUUCAAAACCUCUUUUCAAUGGUACAACAACUGCAAGAUUUCAAAAAAUCUUGGGUAAUGCAGGUUCAAAAGGUAUUGAUUUAUUAAUGAGAGUUUUAGUAUUUGAACCAGAAAGAAGAUCAAGUCCAAGAAGAAUAUUAGCUCAUGAAUUUUUUGAUGAUUUGAGAAAUGAUACACAAUUUGUUCCAAGAGGUUCUUCAACACCUGUUCCAUUACCAAAAUUAUUCAAUUUUAGUAGUUUUGAAUUAGAUGUUAUAGGUGAAUUGAGAGAAGCUAUUGCAGCUAAUUAA